CUAGCUUUCAACUCAAUCUCAACAUCCUCCUCUCCCUUUAUCAAAUCCAUCCUCACUUUUCCCUUGAAGUUUCAGAAAGGAAUUAUAUGUCACGUCUCUAAACAUGCGGGAAGAUCUCAUAAGUUCCGCUGUGAUUCUUUCUGACCCUGCCGUUGCUGCCGCGCCUCUCGAAAAACGGAUAGCUUUUUUACAGUCGAAGAACUUGACCAAGGACGAAGUCGAUGCAGCUCUAUUACGGGCUGGAGGGACCCCCGGCCCGGUAUCUACCAGUCUAGUGCCAUCAGGCACUUAUCCUCCGGUUGCGUCACCACCAGCGCCUGGAUACAAUACCGGUUACUAUGCUCCUCAACAAUACCAGCAUAUUGCAGCAGGACCUAGAGAUCGUGAUUGGCGUGAUUGGUUCAUCAUGGCAACCGUCACAACCACUAUUGGAUUUGGGCUAUACCACCUGGCGAAGCGAUAUGUAGCACCGAUGAUCUCGCCACCCACGCCACCCCAACUAGAGACGGAUAAGGCCCUCAUUGAUGCUAAGUUCGCAGAAGCCUUUGACCUGUUAGACAGCUUGAAGAACGAUACAGCAGCGCUCAAGACUGCCGAGGAAGAACGUAAGAAUCGCGUGGAUGCGGCCCUCGCUGAGGUGGAAAAUGUCAUUCAGGGACUGAAGGAGGCCGGAAAGCGGCGUGAGGACGAGUCGAAGCGUGUUGGAGAUGAGGUUCGUGGUUUGAGGGAUUUGAUUCCGAAAGCGCUAGAGGGGCAGAAAGAAUUACAAAAGAAAUCUCUCGAAGAUUUACAGACCGAGUUAAAGAGUUUGAAACAAUUGGUCAUGAACAGGACCGGUGCUGCUAGGCCGAGCUUCUUGCCUAAUGGACCAACUGGCACACCACCACUAGAUCCGGGGAGUGCGACGGGAGGAGCUGGCCAGACUCUAGGUAGUGCUGUAACGCAACAGGUUUUGGGCACAGGAGGAAAUGCUCUUGGGGGUCUGCAGAGGAAGGAAGGCAGUGCGCUGCCCUUCGGUGCCCGGUCCGCGAUCCCCGCAUGGCAGAUGGCGGCCGCGGCAAAGCCAUCUCCUGCCGUACCGGCUGUGGGAGCUAGCAGCAGCACAGGGGAGGGUGCCGAAGCCAGCUCAAGUUGAUUUCUCUUAAGCUAAUUACUUCCUUUUAAUCUCAUUUGUGCUGUUCUGCCUGUUUGUCGCUUGGGUGUUUGAUUACCGUAUAGGGAGGACGAAAUGGGGCAUGUGUAGCAUAUUAUAUACCAUUAGGCAGAAGUUGAUAAUACCAUAACCGG